CACCUAUUUAGAAUUCAAGACCAGCUCAACGAGAAGCUCUCAUCUUCCAUCAGCUACUACACGACAACCACAUGCAUUCAUAUCUCAGUAUACGGCUGCAAUGAUGCAUGUGUUGAUGUGUAUCAUACCUACUUGUACUCCGCGCCUUUUGUUUUUUCGUGUAGCCCUUCAUCAAUUAAAGCCUUAAAAGUUCUUCCAACUCCACACUCUAUACACAAAAAAAAACCUCCACAUAGUGUAUAUAUAUGCGCACCAACACUGCUAUCUGCGUAAUAGGCACCUUCUUCUUGAGUCUUUUGCGCCUGUGCGCAGGCUCCAAGGGCAAUGUCCAGCCCAACUUUUUAUCCUGCGUCGACACAUGCACACGAACCGAAUGCCCAACAGCUGAACUACCUCUUUCGCUACGCCUGACAUUAUGGGAUUGUCCAGAAAACUGCCGGUACAAUUGCAUGCAAGGGAUUACCGAUCGUGCCAUUGCCAAUGACGCCCCUGUAUAUCAAUACUAUGGGAAAUGGCCUUUUUACCGAGUGUUUGGCAUUCAGGAACCUGCCUCCGUCUUGUUCUCGAUCGGCAAUGGCUAUGUCCACUAUUACUAUUACAAGAUUCUACGACGCGACAUUCCCAACGCAUACUACUUGAAACCCUACAUGCUCGUGUUUUCUAUGGUGGGCAUUAACGCUUGGAUAUGGAGCACAGUCUUUCACGCCAGAGAUUUCCCCAUCACGGAAAAACUCGACUAUUUUUCGGCCGGUUUGUUUAUCCUGUACUCAUUGUACUAUGCGCUCAUUCGUCUAUUCCAUAUCCGCAACCAAGUCGUGCUACGGCUCCUGUCGGUGGUCGUGACAGCCAUGUUUUUAGCGCAUAUUUCGUACCUGUCGUUCUAUACAUUUGAUUAUGGAUACAACAUGAUGGCCUCUGUUGUCGUUGGGAGUUUAGUGCUCUUGCUAUGGGUUGGAUGGACGAUUCUGCAGUACACUAAGGAAAAGAACAAACAUCGUCGGUCCUAUGCGUAUCUGGUGAUUCUCUCGGUGGCAGGCACAUCGGCGGCUAUGGCAUUGGAAUUGUUCGACUUCCCUCCCUUUUUGCGUGUGUUUGAUGCUCAUAGUCUGUGGCAUUUCUCCACAAUUCCUCUGAUGACACUCUGGUAUCGGUUUGUGUUGCUGGAUACGCCCAAUGAGAUGCGAAUUGGAAAAUACUAGAUUUUACUCGUACCUUUUUUUUUAUUUAUUAAAUUGAUAAAUUAUAAUACCCAAUUUUUCUAUCUUUAUAAGCUA